AUGGGGGUCUGUACUGCUUUUCAUGAAAGCAGAUUUGACACCAGUGCCGUUGGGCCACCAGACUCCAAUGGCAAUCGUGACUAUGGAAUCUUUCAGAUAAGCAGCCGCUGGUGGUGCGACAAUGGACAUCGCCCAACAGCCAACGUGUGUGAAACCUCCUGCAAUGCAUUCUUAAAUGAUGACAUCACAGAUGAUAUCAAGUGUGCCAAGAGGAUUGUCCUUGACCACCAGGGGAUGGGUGCCUGGGUUGCUUGGAAGGAACAUUGCAAAGGAAAAGAUCUCUCUGAGUGGACAAAAGAUUGCAAUCUCUGAGUUCCAUGGUCCUGAAUGAAUUCCAGCAUUUCUCUUGAGAUCCCCUUUGAUGAAACAUCUACCUACUGCCAUAUAAUCAAGAUCCAGCUGCUUCUUUCUGGGCUAGCAUUGGCAUGUUGUGCCCCACCCCAUGGUGGAGGGAAAUGGCCCUCUUUCUAGAUGAGGGAAAGUGAUUAUUAUUUUUAAGUGUGUCUGGGGUGGUGAGUCAUCUUGCUUUGGAUUGAGAGCUUCUCUGCUUGAAAAUCUUCAAUAAACUGAACAUAAACAAAA